AAAAAAAAAAAAUUUAACAUCAAGUUUCACUCAAGUGUAAAAAAAGGACUCCUGUCCAUUGUGUGUAAUGAUUUGUUGCUGAAGCAAGUGAGGCAACAUGGAGCGCAGUACUUGGGGGCAACCAGCAGAGGCGCUGUUGACUCUGUUUCCGAAGUAGAACAACGUGGGGUUAGGGAAUUGAAGCUGCAUCCACACUAUGUCGACUCCUCCGGGCAACAUUGUGUGUGUGUGUGUGUGUGUGUGUGUGUGUGUGUGUGUGUGUGUGUGUGUGUGUGGUCUACACGUGUCACUCGGGAGCUUGUGUGUGCAGGCUGAGACGCUCAUAAUCAUACCUCCCGAUGUAAAUCAGCGUCACUGAUGACAGUUUUGCUUUCUUCGUCUGUCUGCUCUUGCAUUUUUGUCUCCUUUCAUCCUGUCUGCAAAUUGUGUAUCCAGACAACUGACAACUUUAUGAGUGCAAACUAAUUACAGUGUCUGCAGUAUUCUCAGGAACCUGAACAUAGAUAUACUAGAUUUGUUUAUAUUAUGUCUCUAACAUUUAAAUUUGCUCAUUUAUUGAUUUGUUUUAUUUUUACGAAGGCGUUUUUUAAAAGGUGUCUGUGUGGGGAUCUCAUGACAAUACAGUACAUUGAAGUAGAACCACCAGACAAACUGCUAACAUUAUAAAAUACUGCAAAUGUAACAAAUGUAUUUAGUGGGAAAAAAUACAGUAUUAUUCGUCUGACUUGUCGUGUAAAAUAGUGUACAAAUUACCUUCCGGUAACAUUACUAACGCGUAACAGUUUACCGAGGUUAGCAUUAGGCUUUACACGAUCAGGAUAUUUGGGGUCGAUCACCAAUCAGCGAGUUUAAAAAACCGAUAACUGAUCACCGAUCCGAUCACAAGAUGGAGGAACGUGUCUAUUUAAAUGACCUGUUCAUUUACUGUAUAUACUUGUGUACUUAAUUGCUCAAAAAAUAAUAUUUAUAAUAAAUAAUAUAUCUUUGUUCCUCUAUUUAUGCCAGUGAGGCAUAGUGGCCGCUCUUCUAUUAGAUGGCAGGAAGUAAAUACAGUAAUUUAUAAUUUUUGUAUCCACUUUUUGUGGCAUUUUUGUUUGUUGGUGUGCCGUGAGAUUUUUCCAAUUGUAAAAUAUGUUCCUUGGCUCCAUAAAGGCUGGAAAUCACUGCUCCAGUCAGAUCGUGUAUUCUAAUCAGUCAGGUCAAACCAACAUGACAUGACAGAAAUAAUGGGUCCUAACUUACUGUAAUUAAAUGACUUCAUUUUUAAUUAAAUGACUUGAGCAUGAUUCGACAGAACGGCAGCAUGUUUACAUCCAACCGUUCGUGCUAGCAGUAGCUUGCAAGGCUACAUAACAUUCAAUUGCCUGCUUGUGAGCCGUAUCGUAUUCAAGGUAGCGUGAACAUACCUCAAGCAAGACGUCAACCAACGUCCUCUCCUGACCUGAGCGCCGGUGACCACCAACACACGUUUUUCCCCAUUUUGACCUUAUAAUACCGUCGGCUCGCUCCGCUCUUGUUAUCGUCGCCACGGUAACGAGUGUAUCCGGUCACAUUUGAGUUGACAAGAUACAGCCCAAUGAUCGUAAAAAAACGGGAUGCGGUGGUAUCGGAAUACAAGACAUCUGACAGUGCAAUCGUGAAAGAGCAAAUUUGUCUUAUAGUUUGAUCCGGGCAUUACGUGUUGUCUGUCCCACACCGCAGACAUGUGGUUUUUAUUAUUAUUAUUUUUUUAAUAACUUCAUUGGCCGUCAGAUAUUUACAGUACUAGGUCAAAAGACACGGGACAAGGCUAAAAAUAAACUAGCUUUUGGAUUCAAAUUAUACUGUGCACGCGGCGACACGGAGUAAAUGUCUUUUGCGGAGCCCAUCAAUGACGUCAUCGAUCGGAUCGGUGAAUUAUGACAUUGAAGGCGAUCAGCAUAAAAUGCUAAAUAUCGGCCGAUACCGAUCAGCCCGAUAAAAUCGGUGUAAACUCCAGUUAGUAUGUCUCUCCCCGUGUUUGGUGGUUGCGUUCUUCUUUUGUUGCUGUUAAGUUCUUUGUCGUUUAUUUGGGUCAAAUUCGUCUUCAUUUGUUUCUGGCAGGCCACACACAGCUGUUAACUUGAUUACUCGAGUACCUUUUGGGGAAAUUAAAUUCAUAUAUUGGGGACGGAAAUAUGUAACAUGCUGCCCAUACGUAGAGCGUUUGAUUAGAUUCUGCAGAGUGACAGUGCGGUAGUGCGUCUCUUCAUAUCAAAGAGAGAAUUGCAUAUAGCUCGUAUCUUGGCAGUAUUAGGAGAUUUCCUUCCCAUAGUUCCUCCUAUAUCAGUGAGGAUUGACUGAUCAAUCUUGAAGAAGGGGAUGAGAUUGUUGGAGGAAAGUUUUCCUUUCCCAGCAAGACUCGGUAUAGCAACUCUCUGUUUUGCCUUACGAGACUUUGAUAACAAGAGUAAAGUGUACGCAAUAUGUACUUUUGGAGGCUAUACAGUAGAUGUAGCCACCGAGGCGACGCCUUAAAAAGCAUUGACGAAACUGACAUCAGCCCUUGUUAAAAGCCAAGUUUUGAAUAGGGACUCCUUUGCGUGGCGUCAUAAUGUCAUCGGCCUCGAAAUGCAGCCAGGCUGUAACCACUGAAUUGAGUUAGUCGGCAGGCUACUUCCUUGUUCAUUAAGGAAGCGUGCGCCACCCCUUGUUUUUGUUUGAGUGAAAAUCAUCUCUAAUGCCUGCUGAUUAACGACCAAUCUACCAACCAUCAGAGUACUAUCCUACAUCCGGUAAAAAACAAAACUCACAGAAUACCUAAUGUAAUUGACUGACUAACCAACAAGUCGAUUUGAACAUAACGUUUCGCCUCGCAUGUCGCAUUGGGCAGAGGUAACGAUAUAGUAACCAUAGAAGGUGCAACAGAAACCAAAUAGACUUUUGUAUUUCCUCUGCAUGUUGCGACAUACUAGCCCGUCCGUCCGUCCUUUGUGUUUUGCUCAGAUCCGUUGUGCGGUAUUCAGAGAUUCACAGUGAUAUCACUUUACGGUUCUACGCUCUUUGUCUGGGUCACCUGCUCAGCUAUAGAUAUGACCUGACACACCCUGCAGUGGGUUAUUUUUUAACUUCAACACUUGGAGCCACCUUAGAUCCUCAAUUGCUUCAUAUUGUCGGCAGAAUUAAGAGGAAAUCGCUUGUUCCUGUCUGCUUGUGUUGAUUCAGUUGUUUCUUGGUUACAAGCAAUUGGAUUACUGUAUAUUUUUGUUAUUCCUUAUGUUUUAAAGCCUUACAUUAUCUCUAACUGCCACGUACAGAGAAUUCAGCUGACAUUUCUCGGUAAGUAACUUCCUCCAUGAGGUCAUCACAGAGAUCUGGUCCCAUUUCUAGCCAUGCCUCUUUUUACUGCACCUUGACCAUUCUGGAUUCUUUUACAACAUCUUUGACUUGACAUUGCUGCUGUCUGCGGUGCUUUUGGAAGAGCGUUCGGUCUCAGGCUCAAGCCAUUGAUUUGAUGUGUACACAAGUUCGUACAGGCACAAGCACACAGAGGAAGGCUUAUCGUGUUUUUAUUCAGCGAUACGGGAACCCGGGAUUGUUUGGGCUGGAGUUCCGAGAUUCCUCGGCUUUGUCACAGACUUUGCAGAGGCGGCAUGAACUUUCUGCGGGUCUUUCCUUCUCUCCUCUUGAUCCACCCGCUGGGUGUCGCAGGUUCAGUUUUUAGGUUCGUCAGGUGCAGUUGUUACCUUGUGAUGCUGAUGGAAUUGUUGCAAUCCAAACUAGGGCUGCGAUUAACCAUUAUUUUAAUAAUCGAUUAAUCUGUCCGUUUUUUUUCCAGAUUAACCAUUCAUACAUAUAUAUCAUUUCAAUGUAUUAAAAACAGGACAUUAUUUCAAAUUGGCAGUGCAAAAAAUGGAUAAACAUAAAAUGACGAUUCAGUUACUGGUUUGGAAAAUCGGCACAAAUGUUUGUCAUUGUUUUCCAAAGCAAAAGCUGUAUACUGUAUAUUGUAAUAAAACGCAAAGAUAACCUGUCUGCUUUCAUUGAGGACUACAGAAAUCAGAGAACAUUUACUGCUGGCAAGCAGAAAUUCCGAGGAUUCUGAGAAUUUGAAGUGAAACAAGGUCACUAAACGAUUAAUCGAAGCUCAGAAUAGUUGUUGAUUAAUUUGAUAAUUGAUUAGUUGUCGAUUAAUCGACUAAUUGUUGCACCUCUAAUACCACCGUAUGUAAUGAAUCGAAGUGGAAAAUGCCACCCAACUUAUAUUCCCACACACCCGAACAAAAUGUGAAUUGUACCCUAUAAGCAGUUUUACCCGUAUACUGCACAUUAGUGAAACAAACUCAUUAUAUUCGAACACAGACGUAAUAAUCCAAUGUCGUCUAACGUACUCCGAUAACUGUCAAGGUUGAAUUUUGGAGUAUUUCACCGAUUAGAAGUAUUUGCAGCGAGUGCUUAGGUGCUGCCUCGAACUCGUUCCAGUUUCUACUCUCGCGGCCUGGCCAGCUCCUCCUUUAACGGAGGCCGAAGGUCACGUCAGCAGAGCGCUGUGAAUGUGAAAGCUGCUUUGUUUCUCUCAUGCACUUGUUGUUUUGUUGGCUGGCCCCAAUCACACACAUGCAUGCACAUGACCCAUACACGCAGACACCAUUACGCUUUCCUCCUACGCUCGUCUCUCUGUGUUGUCGCUUCUCGUCCGCCCCGCCGAAGUCUUUUGACCUUCGACGUUCCUGGAUACGCUCCGAGGUGUGUUCGCUCCAGUUCUUCUUGACAUGGUAUUGAAGAGAUUAUGGCUAUGAUUUGCACUUGCACAAAAGCCACGGACACACACAAACAGGUGUCCGUCUACAUACUGUGCAUGUACUGUAUGUGACUUCCUUACUUCUAUUUAUCAGUGUUAUUACUGUGCCUUUUUCCGGAAAUGACUUAGUUCAGAGGUUAAAAUGGCAUUGCAGUUAGCACCACCUCUUGCUUUGGCAUACUUUGUAGAGUCUGGAAAUUCAUUUUCAUAUGGACAGUUAGGGUUAGGGGUGAAGACCAAUACUGUACUGUAUACUUGGACAAAUUCCGCCGUAUGUUUGGAUGUUGGCUAAAUUGCCCCUUUGCGCCUGACCAUACCACUCCUUGCUAGUCGUUCUCUCUCUCUGGCCUCUGCGGCCUCCUCUUUACCCUUGCCUCUUCACGCUCCCUGCGAGUCCAUGGUGGCACAUUCCAACAGCCUGGAGACCGUUCCCCUCUUUCAACCAGUGGCCCGCAGAGUGACAGUGCAAUUAGAAUAAUAAUAGCUGUCCAUUCACCUCAGUGCCCCAGUGACGAGGCAGCCGGCCGGAGAAAAGCAGGGCGGGCGAGCCGGAGGGUGGAGAGAAACGAUCACUCGGGUUCUGCCGAUUGGCUCGCGGCUUUCCCUCUGUUUUUACACCAGCGCCGGCGCCGGUAGCACCCUCAAGUUUGUUUUACACUUUCUGCUGCGUCACAUGCGCAUCCACGCGUAAACACACUCACUGGGUCGUACAUGGCAGAGACUGGCGUUCAAAGACUCUUAGAGUGAUCGGUUUUGAAAUAGUGAGGAGACCAAACAUCCGCAUCGACUGUCUGGUCUUUGCAUGUCCAAUGGUGCCGAAGACCACCAUGGCCUUGUAUCUGAAGCUCCUCAUGCUGGCUCUAGCCUCAAGUGUGUCUGGACAAGACCUGCCAUCAAGUCCGCACGGCUGCACGGACGGGAGCUGCUACCCUGCCACUGGGAACCUUUUGAUUGGACGGGCUGUGAACCUAAGCGCCACCUCUACUUGCGGGCUGGACGGUCCAGAGCACUACUGCAUUGUCAGCCAUCUCCAGGAGUCAGACAAAUGUUUUGAUUGUAACUCCCAGCAUCCGUAUGAGCCGUACCGACACAGAAACAGCCACCGCAUCGACAACGUGAUCUACCUCAUGGACAGUAACGGAGACACCACGUGGUGGCAGUCUGCUAACGGAGAAGAGAAUGUCAGCAUUCGAUUAAACCUGGAGGCAGAAUUCCACUUCACACAUCUCAUUAUGAAGUUCAAGACUUUCCGCCCAGCAGCUAUGAUCAUUGAGCGUUCAGCUGAUUUUGGACGUACGUGGCGUCCGUACCGCUACUUCGCUUCCAACUGCACCAAGACCUUUCACGGUAUCCCCUCUAACGGCCUGCACCAUAUCAACGACAUCAUCUGUGAGGAACGCUACUCCGACAUCGAGCCCUCCACCAAUGGGGAGGUAAUUUACAAAGUGUUGGAUCCUGCCAUUCAUGUGAAAGACCCUUACAGCUUGGACAUUCAAGAGCUCCUGCGUAUCACCAACCUGCGCAUUAACUUCACAAAAUUGAACACUCUGGGAGACGACCUUCUGGACAGACGCUCUGACGUGCUCCAAAAAUAUUACUACGCCAUCUACGAGCUGGUGGUCAGAGGAAGCUGCUUUUGUUACGGACACGCCUCAGAGUGCGCCCCGGUGCCAGGAGUUGAUACGCGAGAGAACGGCAUGAUCCACGGUCGGUGUGUUUGCAAACACAAUACAGAGGGCCUGAACUGUGAGCGUUGCCAAGAUUUCCACCACGACCUGCCAUGGAGACCGGCUGAGGCAGAAAACCCGCACACCUGUAGAGUGUGUAACUGCAAUGGCCACUCAAACCGGUGUCACUUUGACAUGGCUGUGUAUUUGGCCACUGGCAACUUCAGCGGAGGAGUGUGUGAUGACUGUCUGCACAACACCAUGGGACGCAACUGUGAGAUGUGCAAACCUUUCUACUAUCAAGACUCGAAUAGGGACAUCAGAGACCCGCAGGUUUGUGUUGCCUGCGACUGUGACCCUGUGGGCUCAACGGAGGGAGGAAUGUGUGACAGUCACACCGACCCAGACGCGGGCAUGAUCACUGGACAGUGUCGCUGCAAAGCCAACGUCAAAGGCUUGCGCUGCGACGACUGCAAGGAGGGUUACUUUGGACUCAGCCACAACGACCCGCUGGGUUGUCAGCCUUGCAACUGUGAUCCUCGUGGCAUCAUCACGAUGGGAGCCCCAUGCGAUCAGAUUAGCGGUGACUGCUCCUGUAAAAGAUACGUCACCGGUCGCUACUGCAUCCAGUGUCUGCCUGAAUACUGGGGUCUCAGUAAUGACCUAGCUGGUUGUAGACAAUGUGACUGUGACUUUGGAGGAGCCGUCAACAAGAGGUGCAUGAUGGAGAAUGGACAGUGUGACUGCAGGAGCCAUCUGAUUGGUCGACAGUGCUCCGAGGUGCAGCCUGGCUAUUUCUGCGCCCCGCUGGACUUCUACAAAUACGAGGCCGAAGGGGCCACCGGACACUCGCCGAUUGACUCCGCUCUACCUGGCAAAGUUCGACCUCAGGCAGAAACAGACUGCGUUCAGCACCUCAAUAACCAGCUGAGAAGACACAGGCGUCACCGCCGUAUCGCCAACCCACAACAACACCGCGCAGCACUGAGGCGAAUCCGCCAGCUCCAACAGACACCGGAUGUGAGGACCGUUUAUAGAGAGGUCACCUUAAGUCACACAGUGACUUGGACCGGACCUGGUUUCGCCCGGGUCAAAGACGGUGCUGGCCUGGUGUUCAAUAUUGACAACAUUCCCUACGCCAUGGAGUACGACAUCAUGAUCCGUUAUGAACCUGAGUCCACAGAGGACUGGGAGGCCAUAGUUAGUAUAACAUCUGUGAACCUCCCUUCCAGUCUCCGCUGUGGAAACCUUCUACCAACUGAGCAGCUCUACACAGUCACCUUGCCGCACCGCAGCAGAUUCAUCCAGAUGCCGAGGCCCUUCUGUUUUGAGCCAAAUAAUCAUUACGUGGUUGCCAUCCGCUUCCAGCGCCACGGAGUGACACACAGACAUCUCACUGCCUUCAUUCUUAUUGAUUCGUUGGUUCUGAUCCCCAAACACACCGAGCUUCCUGGUUUCCAAGGCAAUGAGAUCGAGGGAGAGCUGCGACGUGAGGAGAUGAUUCGCUACAUGUGUCUGGAUUCCUUUUUUAUCACGCCAAUGCCCGCCUUGGCCGACGUGUGCUCCAAGCUCAUCUGCAGCAUUUCAGCCAUCAUUCACAACGGCGCGCUGCCCUGUCGGUGUGAUCCUCAAGGCUCCCUCUCGAGCGAGUGCGAUAGGGUCGGAGGUCAGUGCCGCUGUAAGCCCGACGUGACGGGUCGACGCUGUGAUCAGUGCGCUCCGGGAACCUAUGGCUUUGGAGCCAACGGUUGUACUGCCUGCGACUGUCAUUCAGAGGGUUCACUGAGCCGCAAAUGUGACCCCGUUACCGGCCAGUGCCAGUGCAGGGAGGGAGCGAGCGGGCGCCGGUGCUCCGACUGCCAACCCGGCCAGUGGGGCUUCCCGAGCUGCAGCCUCUGCCAGUGUAACGGCCACGCAAACAGCUGCGACUCCCGAACUGGCGAGUGUAGAGAAUGCCGAGACUACACAGCCGGCCAUCUCUGUGAACGGUGUCAGGAUGGAUUCUUUGGCAACCCGACUCUCGGCUCAGGGGACCACUGCCGCCCCUGCUCCUGCCCCGGUAAUCCCGAUUCGGAUAACUUUAACGGCCACUCCUGCCAAGCUGACCGCUCUUCAAACCUCAUUAUGUGCAACUGCAGACAAGGCUAUGCUGGGCCUCGCUGUGACCAGUGCGCCCCUGGUUACUACGGCGACCCUGAGCAAACCGGCGGUCGGUGCCUUCCGUGCGAGUGCAGCGGCAACAUAGACACUCAGGACCCUGAGUCAUGUGACCCGAGGACAGGUCAAUGCCUCAAGUGCCUGUACCGCACGGACGGUCCAUCUUGUGCCCAAUGUCAACGGGGUUACUAUGGAAAUGCUUUGGCCCACGACUGUCGACGCUGCACCUGCGUAACUGCCGGUACCGUCCAGUCAACUUGCAGCGAUGGCCAGUGCGACUGCCAUCGUCAAACUGGGGCUUGCUUAUGCAAGGAGAACGUCUCCGGCCAUAACUGUGACCUGUGCGCCGCUAACCAUUGGAACUACGGUCAGGAGCGCGGCUGUGAGCCCUGCAACUGCGACCUGCAACAUUCCAUGGGAACUCAUUGUAAUACGUUCAGUGGUCAGUGCCACUGCCGCCCAGGCUUUGGAGGGAAACAUUGCACUGAGUGUGAGCAGCUCCACUGGGGAGACCCACGGGCACAGUGUCAAGAGUGUAACUGCCAUCCUCGGGGUUCAGAAGUAGCACAGUGUGACCGAACCACUGGAGCAUGCCAGUGCAAGGAGGGCACAGCAGGCAAGCGCUGUGAUGAGUGCGCCCGCGGCUUCACUGGUGUUUUUCCUGAGUGCGUGCAGUGUCACGCCUGCUUCCAGCUGUGGGACGACAUAGUGUGUCAGCUCAAACGCGACCUGGAGCACAUCCAACACACCGCCAACAAGAUCCUGGAGAGUGGCGUCACGCCCGGAAUUGGCGACGCCCGUAUCAAAGAGCUGGAGAGGAAGCUGAAACGGGUGCAAGAUCUGAUUGGUGGUGAAGACACCGAAAUAAUCCACCAACUGCUUGGACAGAGCAUUGAUGACCUCAGGGCGGAGAUCGCGCUGACCGACGGGCGUCUGAUGGGUGUCGCUCGAGAGCUGAACGCAACAGCAGAGGACGACGGCGCGCUGAGACGGACGUUGAGCGACACGGAGAAACAGUUGAUGGACAUCAACUCCACGGUUGCUUCGAAACGGCAGCAGCUCGAAGAUUACCUCACGUCAGGAUUUGCAGAUCAGUUCAAAAAAGUGAAGAAAUACUAUCAGGAAUCAUCAGAGGCGGAGGAGAAAUGCAACGCGUCAGUGUCCGGUCCCCAAAGUCCCGUGGAACGGUCCAAGCAAACCCGCUCCUUCGCUGAAGACCUGCUCGAUACGACUGAAGACAAGUUCCUCCGUGCCGUGGCAGCUCAGAACAAAUCUUUGGAGGAAGUGCAGCACAAAGCCCAUGAGCUGGACCACAGGGUCCACCGCCUCAGUGACAAGGUAUGCGGGGGCCGCAGCGACGCCAGUGUCAACGGUAGCUGCGAAGACAGCCCGUGUGGUGGCCCUGGUUGCCGUGACAACCAGGGCACCCACGUAUGCGGAGGGGAAGGAUGCAACGGGACAGCGAGCGCUUCUUUAGCCGCGUUAAGUCGUGCGAAGAACGCCACCGAGACUCUGGAAGCUGCUAAUGAGGAACUGCACAACGUGGCGAAAAAGCUCCAGGAUAUAGCGUCUUUGAGCCAGGAUGUGAAGAAUCAGGCCAUGAACACCCUGGAGAAAGCGCAGAAGAACAGAGAGCACUUUGAAAACUCAAACAGAAAGCUCAAAGAGUUCAUCAAGAAGAUCAAAGAUUUCCUCACUGAGGAGGGAGCAGAUCCGGAGAGCAUCGAGAAGGUGGCCCUGCAGGUCCUGUCCAUUACGCUGCCGGUCAACAAGACAACAGUGGACACGAUGAUCUUGCAAAUAAAGGGCAGCCUUUCCAACCUCACCGAUAUCGAGGGGAUCAUCGACAAUGCCUCACAGCGCAUCGGCGAAGCCAAGCAGCUUCUGGAAAAAGCUAACGACGCCAAAAGUCGAGCUGAGAGAGUGAAGGAUGCGGCCGACGGUACGAAGGCGGCCUUGGAUCUGUCCGAGAAGGCCGUCGAAAAAGCAAGAAUCGCCGUGAAAGAGGCUUCGGACAAUUUGAACGGCGCCAGGAACGCCGCUUCUGAAGUGGAUGAGAGGUUAACACGGCUGGAGAACAAGCAAAUGGAGGUCACGGUGCGUCUACGCAACCUCUCCGCAGAAAUUGAGGCACUGAGAAACAAAACGGAACUAACCGGGGAGAUGGCGAAGGACGCCAAAGCUUCGGCCGACAACGCCACAAUCCAAGCGCUGUCGCUGGGGCAGAGCCUCAACGACACAGAGAAGCGCUACCGCGAACUGCGGGAGAAGGUGGACUCUCUCGGCAGCGGCUCCGGAGGCCUGGACGCCGUCAACCGGAAGGCCCGGGAAAUCAAGACGGAGGCAGAGGAGCUUCUCAAGAAAGCUAACAAAGGCAUGGAGCAGCUCAAGAAGCUGGAGAAGAAGUUCAAGAGCAACGAGCAGCGGAUGCAGCAGCAACGGACGGAAUUGGACGAGCUGAAGGAAAACGCCACUUUGGUGCGGGACGUCAUCCGGGACCAAGUGCAGAAGUACAGUAGCUGCUCGUGAGGGCGUUUGACCCAAUUUAGCCGCCCGAGCCGGAGCGGAGUCGACAUUGCCGCCGUAAUGUUUGUUCGACUCCCGUUCCCAUUGUUCCGCGUGACUUGUUGCGAAAUGUCCAUGUACUGUAUCACGUGGAGACGCCCGGAUGGCAACGCUAGCCUGUGCGCUCUUCAUGUCUUAAGCUAUCAAAACAAAAGGAUGACCAGUGGGAAGGAUUUUUUUUUGGGGUAUGAUUAUCAUGAAUCAUGAAAAUAUAUAUCAGUAUAUUGACCCUCUGUGUGCUAAGAUUUUCAAUAUUUUUAUCACAAUUUGAGCCUGUUAUUAUAUGUGCUAUUAACAAAAUGACAUUCCUGCUAAGGGAGCAAAGUGGACCUGACUGAUUUUUAAAAAAUAAAUAUAUUUGAUGUUUAUUUUUAUUGAAAAAGAAGCUUUUGAUUAAACAAAUAUUCUAUGAAAAGAAAAAUGUGAAAUUA